AUGGUGAAUAAAUACAUUAAAAUAUAUUUAGCAUUGGCUCACGUUGUAAAUGAUACAGUUGUUUCUAAAAAUUUGAAUACUUCUUAUAAGGUAUCGUUACUGUUUUUGCCAAAGUCUUUAAAAAAAUGUUGUCAGCUGAUCACCAACGCUGAGGUGCGAUUAGGGAAGAAUGAAAGAAUGAGUGAAUGGAGGGAGGGAAUGCGAGAGGAGAAAGGAAGAAAAGGAAGAGCAAGAGCGAGAGGAGGAAAGGACGAAGGUAAAGGUAGAAAGGAGAAGGGUAAAGAAAAUGUGAAUGUAAAUGUGUAUAUAUUUACAAUGUGUACUAUCAUAAGUUUAAUCAUUAAGCAUAACUACCCAGAAAUAUAUAUACAUGGUGAUAACAAAAAAACCGAAUGGACUAUAAUUGAGACUUUUGAAGAGGAUGAUUUUAUUUGCGUUGAUUUUUAUGAAGGAGUAAAAAAAGGGAACAAUACUAGUGAUAAUAAAUUUGGGAAUCCCAAAGUUAAAUAUGAACCGAAUUUUGAUAAAAAAAGGAAUAGCCUCUUAAGUUUAAAGAAUGAAGAAUAUUAUUUAGAGUGGGAUAAAUAUAUUUCAAAAUAUCGAAAAUCAAUUUAUAAUGAAGAAAUAGAAAAUUUACAAAAUCAGUUGAAAAAAUUAAAAAUUGUUGAAAGUAAUAUUGAAAGGGAUCUUGAUUAUAAUAAGAGGAACGAAAAAAAAUUUAAGGAAUCUCAAAAUAAAUAUGUUGAAAAUCAAAUUAAAAUAAAGGAAGUUGACAAAAAUAUAAAUAAUUUACUUCAAGAUAUUUAUAAACUUAAUCAAUUAAAAGAUAUUGGAAAAGAUCUUUUGGGUAAUAAAAUAAGUUUUGGAUUAUUUGAUGUGGAUUUUAAAACUUUACAAAAUCUUCCUGCUGAUUUUGUGGCUUUUCCUGCGUUCCUUGUUGAAUAUAAUCAUAGAAGUGAUUCAAUUUCAAAUACUAAAGGUGAUUUGAAAUAUUUGGAUUCUUUACCACAAGGAAUUAAAGAUGAUAUUAUUAAGUCAGCAAAUAAGUACAACAUAAAAUACACGAUUGAUCUAUUUAACGAAUAUGAAAAGAUUCAUCGUGCUAAUUAA